AUGUCGGCUUUUAAUCUGAAUGGGAAUGUCAAGAAUGCUGAUUCUUCAUCUACACUGGACGAUAUUGAUGACUCUGAGUUCUCCAAGUUGCAAGAGAAGCCAAGGCCGUUGAAUACUGAGAGACUGAGAUCACUUGACGAAAGUUCUCUGACUGAACUAUCUGCGUCGCCACAACUUAGAAAUGUGGAUAGUGCUUCUGCUUCUGCUUCUCGGCUCCAUGAUCACGCAGAUAAUGUGAGUGUUGAUUUCAACCUUAACUCCUCGGCGGCUAAAGCGGUUGCAGACAGCACUCUUCUGGCUCAGGGCUCUCCAUGUUCAGAAAGGCUGGAUAUAAUCGAUGGAGAUAUCGUAAGAAACAAAGAGACAGGCGUACAGGGAGUAAUCUUGGAAGAGGACGGAAGACAAAAAGUGUUGACUUUGUCUCAUCCUGCAAAAAUUCCACUCGGGAAGGAAGACGUUUUAUGGGUUCGUCUGUUUAAAGAAGGAGAUAAGGUUGUCACCAUUGAAUAUCCAGAGGCAAUGGGCGUUUCGGAAGUGGUUCAUGUUGAAAGAACCGUCAGUUUAACCGCCGAUGAUGUUGAGAUAAAGGAGGUUGAUGUCAACGGCCUUGAACCUUUCAGAAUUUCUUUCACAGAUCAAGUCUCGUUUGAAGGCUGCGUAGGGAGAGUCAGAUCAGUCAAGCUUAGAGUAACAUUCUCCAUGGAAGGUGCUUCAAGGAAUGAAAAGUUCACUGUGGAUGAUCCUUCUGUCGACCUAUAUCAACCUUUCUACCAGAGCAGUGUGGAGAAGGCCAUGGAAAACCUUUAUCAUCUGGGUCAGAGGGUGUGGGUGGUGCCCUCUCAAGGAUGGGCCAGAGUUACAGAGCAUAGUGUUGACAAAACUGGGGUAAAUUGGUUUUAUAGAGAUUCUGCAGACAAAACUCCUCCAGACAUGUUAUAUGGAACACCAAAUCAGAUUGUGAUGGACAAUCCCUGUCAACGUGGAAACUGGUGCAUAGGGCAGCGAUGCAUUUAUGAAGAGAAGGAGUAUCUGAUUUCACAAUGCAACCAGAGUCUCGUCACGGUGAAGACAGAAGGAACAAAAGAGGAUGUUGUUAUGGAAUCGACGGAGCUUAUGCUUUAUGAAGUAGAAGAAGAAUUGAGUAGUUUUACACUUGCGGAUUGUUUUAGACUUGCGGAUUGUUAUGGAAUCCAGAUUUGGACCAGUUAUGGCCGAUGA